AUGAACGACCAAUCCCUCAUCCAGCUCAAGCGCGAUAUCGCCGCCUCCAUCCCCGACUUUGAGGCCAAGGUCACCCGGGCGUUCUCUGAGGUCAUCUCGGAGCUCGCGCGAGUCAACGCCGAUAUCGCCGCCAAAGGCCCAGACUACAUCCCCUCGGUCAACUCGUCAGACCUCUCCUCCCUCGACCCCUCCACUAUCGAUCAUCUCAAGCGGACCGGUACCUUUAUCGUCCGCUCGGUCGUUCCUCGGGCGGAGGCGGACCAAUGGCGCAACGACCUCCGCUCGUUCGUCGAUGCCAACCGGUCCACCGUCGAGGGUACACCGGCGGAGAACCCCCAGUACUUUCAAAUCUUCUACACCAAGCCGCAGGUUGCUGCUCGGGCGCAUCAGGGCGUACUCGCUACCCAGACCUGGUGUAACAACCUCUACUCGCACUCGGCGGAGGCGGAGCCGGUCGACCUCUCUACCCCUCUCACCUAUGUCGACCGGUUCCGGAUGCGCCAGCCGGGCUUCGCAUGGGGCGCACACCCUCCACACAUGGACGGCGGAGCGAUCGAGCGCUGGCGGGAUCCCCGUUUCCGCUCUUGCUUUACGGAUAUCCUCAACGGAAACUGGAAGCAGUACGACUCGUACAGUCUCAAGGGACGGAUCGGCGGUACCACCUCCACUCCCGGCCAGCCCAACCAGGCUAGCGUCUUCCGCACCUUCCAGGGCUGGCUCGCCGUCUCGGAGACCGCUCCAAGCGAGGGUACGCUCAAGGUCUUCCCUGCCAUCCAGCUCAGCACCCCCUAUAUUAUCCUCCGUCCCUUCUUUACCUGCACCGUCGACCCUUCGGGUCCGGGAGCUCUGGACGCCAAGAACUGGAAGUUUGACCUCUCUCAGCCCGACUUUCAAGGCGUGAGCCGAGACGACUCUGCCGGUGUCGCCGGUGCCGCCCGUCCCUUCGAAUUCAACCCUGUUACCCACCCCCACCUCUCCCUCGAAACCUCCAUGAUCUCCGUCCCCCGCGUCUACCCCGGCGAUAUGGUCUUCUGGCAAGCCGAUGUCGUCCAUGCCGUCGAGAAGGAGCACAACGGCAAGGGCGACUCGUCGGUCAUGUACAUCCCCGCCGUCCCCGUCUGUCCCCAGAACAUCGAGUACGUGGCAAAGCAGGCGGCGCUGUUUGAGAAGGGAUGCCCACCCCCAGACUUCCCGCAGGGUCGGACGGAGCUGGAGUAUGCGCUGCACGCCACCAAGGAGGAUGUAGGGUCAGAUAUGGCGAGGAGGGCGAUGGGUCUGGCGCAAUAA